AUGAACGCGUCAGCACUGAUCGACGUGAAGAACCUUGAGGUCCGGUUCGACAUCCCGGAAGGCACUGUGCAUGCGGUGAACGGCGUGACUUUCUCCGUCGCCAGGGGUGAGACUCUGGCCAUCGUGGGCGAGAGCGGAAGCGGGAAAUCCGUGACGAUGCUCGCCCUGCUGCGGCUACUCGCCCUCCACCGCCCUUCUUCCGGGCGGGUCUGGCUGGACGACAUCGAGCUAACGAGCCUCGGCGAAAAGGAGCUGCGCAAGCUCCGACCGCGGAUGCAGAUGAUCUUCCAGGACUCGUAUGCGUCGCUCAAUCCCCGGCAUACUGUCGGCCGAAUCAUCGGCGAGUCGAUGAGGGUCCACACGAAGAUGACAACGCAACAGGUCAACGACCGGGUGGUUGAGCUUCUCGACUUGGUCGGCCUGCGUGCUGCCCACCGCACCCGCUACCCCCACGAGUUCUCCGGUGGUCAGCGCCAGCGCAUCAACAUCGCCCGGGCGCUCAGCCUCAGCCCCGACCUGAUCGUAUGCGACGAGCCCAUCUCCGCGCUCGAUGUGUCGAUCCAGGCGCAGACGAUCAACCUCUUCGCUGAUCUUCAAGACGAGUUCGGAAUCGCCUACCUGUUCGUGGCCCACGACCUCUCGAUGGUGGAGCACAUCUCCGACCGAGUCGCGGUGAUGUAUCUCGGACACAUCGUCGAACUCGCCCAGACCGAGACUCUGUUCGAGGCGACGCUUCACCCGUACACGCAGGCCUUGCUGUCGGCAGUUCCGAUACCCGAUCCCGUGGCCGAGGCCAGUCGGACCCGUGUUUCUCUCGUCGGGGAGGUUCCGAGUCCUGCGGCACCACCACCCGGUUGUGUGUUCUCGACCCGCUGCCCCUUGGCUGUCGACCGCUGUCGUGCUGAGGUGCCCGAGUUCCGUGAGAUCACCCCCAACCACUGGGUUGCGUGUCAUCUCGCUGAUCGGGAAGGUUCGUCGAUCGUCGGCGAGCCUCGCGGAAGAUUGGCGGGUCACGACGGCGACCUCACCGCGUCGCCCACAGCCCAGAGCCAUCACCUGACCCUUCCAGCGCAGUCCACUUUCCCGACGGACCCCCUGAUGAGGUUCGUGUCGUACAACAUCCAGUACUCAAAGGGCAAGGACGGUUGCUACGACCUCGAGAGGAUCGCCGACGCGGUACGUAGCGCCGACGUGAUCGCACUACAGGAAGUCGUACGCAAUGUCGAGGCGCCUCCUGACAAGGAUCAACCAGCCCGGAUAGGCGAGCUGCUCGCUCAGCAUCACUGGGUAUACGGACCCCAAUGUCGAUCUUGA